AUGGAAGGAGAAAGAACCAAUUCGACCCCCAGUGGGAGGAGGGACCCGGGUGAUGAGGACGAACGAAGGGAAGGUGCUAAGAGUGAGCAUGGUGGUAUUGGAGGUGAUUACGACGGUGCAGAUAAUCUGAUGGACGCGGGUGGAGAUGCGGACGGAGACGGGGGAGGAGGCCUGAGUGCCUGCGUGAGUGCCUACGUGAGUUGUGACACUGUGGAUGGUUCCUUUGGAGACCCCCGUGUGAAUGAGAACGAGGGGCUGAGCGAGGCGAUGAACGGGGCGCCUAACGGGGCGCUCAACGGGGCGCUCAACGGGGCGCUUAACGAUGUGCUGAAGGACGUGUUGAAGGACGUGCUGAGCGACAACUCGGAUGGCCACGUGGACCGCCACCAGGGGAGCAGCCAUCAGUGCCGCCAUCAGUGCCGCCUUGAGUGCCGCCAACCCACCCACAGUGAAGACGACCCGUGCGGGCACAGGAGGCACUUCCUGCACAGGAGCAUCAGGAGAACAACCAGAAAGGUAGAAGCCACAAAAGAUGCCCCCCAUUGUUCUAACAACCCCAAAAACGAAUUGAAAAAAACGUCCCUCUGCAAAUAUUGGUUGAAGGGUGUCUGUGCUAAUGUAGUGUGUAACUUUGCACACGGAGAGCAGGAGCUGAAAUAUACCUAUGGGGUUUAUAAAACUACCAUUUGCAAACACUGGAAGAGGGAUGGGUUCUGCUCCAGUGGCAUCAACUGUAGGCAUGCACAUGGGGAAGGGGAGCUGCAGCCAAAGAAUUUGCCCUUACAUUUGCUAAGAAAAAAAAGUCAUUUUAAAAAUGGCCGCUAUGUGGGCAAGUGCGUGGGUGUGUUGGGCGAGCACUGCAGUCAGCUGAUUGGUGGGAGGGGGCUCGGUGAGCACUUCAGCCCGAUAACCGGUGGGAGGGCGCUGAUUGAGGGGAGGUCUCUAACUGGUGGGCGGCCGCUAACUGGUGGGAGGUUGCUAACCGGUGGUGCCUUCGGGGAGGGUGCCGGAAUGCCUCUACGCAGUGGCUCUCGCGUGGGUUCAAAGCUCAGGGCGCAUAGCAUCCGUCGGAGAAGCGGAGCCCCCCUGGAUUACUUUAUAUGUGAAGCGUACCUAGAGAGACAGAGGAGUCACCAUCAGAAUGGAGGAUCCGCCACGGGAAGAGCCCCCUGCACUGGGGAGUACACCGGGAGGUACGUCGCUCAUUGCGGUUUGCGCGGUUCAUCUGGGGUGCAGCCGUGCGCCCCAUCCAAUGUGCUUCAUCACGGCCCACCUGCUCUCCUUCCAACUCUGGGGCGGAGCGAAAACGGCGAACGGAGCGCCAGCAUGCGGUCUUACAAGCGGAUGAGGAACUGCGAGCUUUUGUUAAAGAACGAGGGGAGGUACUUCCGGGAGAGGACUCUACCGGAGCCGUUCGUCUCAAAUGAAAGACGCGACGUGAAUUAUGUGGUUAGCCAUUUUGAGGAUAGGCGUGGUAGAUGCGAUUAUGGGUUCGGUGUAACGCGGAACGGGUUCGGUGAGAUGCAAAACGGGUUCGGUGAGAUGCAAAACGGGUUCGGUAUGAUGCAAAACGGGUUCGGUAUGAUGAAGAACCAGGUCAGCUUGAUGAAGAACCCGUUCGGUGAGAUGCAAAACGGGUUCAGCUUGAUGCAGAACCCGCGCAACGUGGAACAGCCGGAGGAUCACCAAAAUGGAGACAACCCCAACGACGGCUUUCACCAAAUGAGACGCAGCAUUACCCAGCAGAACCUACUGAUGAGCAACGUCCUAGAUGCACAAAAAAGAGAUUUUUACAAGCAGCAUCUCCUUUUGGAGUACCUUCCGAGGGGUUCCUUUGGAGGAGAGAUUGAAAAUGGCUUGUUGGGAAUUGACACCCUUCGGAGGAGCAGUGUGCAUGUUAGCGGUGGUGCCGCUGGGGUGACUCUCUGUGAUGGUCGUCUGCUUCUGGGGGAGACAGGCGUCCACGCGCCGGGAGAGUUUCCCCACAGGGUGCAGAACUUCCUUAGCAAAGAAGUCCACCUGUGUAGUGACUGCAUGAGGUGUGCCGUUGGAUGGACCCCCACUUUGAAGAGCACUCAGGUGGAGGGACUAGCCUGUGGAGGAGGCCUGCCGGAGAACCAGCCCCCCUACGAGAGCAUGAAUUACGUUGCCCUGUACAUGGACGAGCGGAAGAGAGUUGGGAACUCCUUUAGCUACGAGGCGAGGCUGGCCCAGGUGGGUCGGCGGAGUGGCGCUAUUAGCGGUGUUAGCCCAGUUAGCGGCUUAAGUGAUAUUUGCCGUGUUGACCGCGCUGCUGAUAGGUUGACGCGAGCAAACCCGCACCCGAACAGGAGCAGCUGCGGGUGCGGCCGGGUGAGCCCCAGGAGAAACUGCGCCAUGGGGGAUAACGUGGGAAGCGGCGAUCACAUGGCUAGAGGCGACAAUUUGGAGGAGCGCCUAACGGAGUGCCAGCUCAGGCUGAAGAGCCUGCGGGGGGAGUUGACCCGUCACACAGAUAUGCAUAGUGUGCGCGACAGACGCGGUGGAAGGGAGGAGGCCAUUCAGACGAACUACAGGGUCACCCUGAAGGAGAAGACAGCCGAUGGAGGAACCUCCAAAAGGGGAAACAUAAAAAGGAAUAUCAUAAUUUCGAGUGGAAACGACCUGGUCCUUAUAGACACGGGAAACAUCAUGUAUAAUUACAGCCAAAUAAAUAAUACCAAUGUGCUUCGCACAUAUGGGCUGAGUCAAAGCUUCGGCAGCUUCGGUCGCUUCGGUAGCUUCGGAAACUGCAGGGUGGGGGCGCAAGGGGGGAGCCGCCCCAAUGGGGGAGGAGCUUUCCCCGGCGUCUCCUAUGAGGAAGGGGCCCCUAAACAGGCGCAGCGUGGGGGCUGCCUUCAUUCGGGCCGACAGCCGCGAGAAGAGCCGCCGGACGAGCUGCCAGACGAGCCGCACAAAGGGAAAGACGAAGGGGAAAAAGAAAACCACCUCGGAGCUACCCCAAUGGAUGGAGUUUCCAACAGGUCAAAGUUCCUCUCCGUCAGUGAGCAUAUGGAUUAUAGCGUUACCGGACAGGUGGGAGACCCCUUCGGGGGGGACUGCUUCGUAGGGGAUUGCUCCAUGGGGGACUGCUCAAUGGGAGAGUUCUCCUCCCUCCUAUCUGCACCCCCCAGCAAUAGAGUGACCCCCCCGCACCCCUUCCUGGGGAGCAGCACCAGCGUGAGUGGAAGCCACGCGAAUGAGUUGUCUCCGUUUGGGAGUAGGAUGCACAGCGCGGAGGAGGUGCACUUUGGGGGGGCGGCUCAGUUAGACCAGGCAGCGUCACCCCAGACAAACCAUGCCGCGUCAUCCCUGUUAGACCUCGCCGCUCCACCCCCCCUAGAAGGAGCAUCAAAGCACCCUCAUUCGAAAUGUGAGAAUUCUGUGAAGCCCCCAAAUGGAUUCUUUACGGUCUACUGUAGAGACGCACAUAAGGGCGAAUCUGGGACGACAGCACCGACGCUGGUUGCGGCGGAGAGGAAGGAGAGUGCUGCACGGGAGGUGCACAAACUGGUGAGCCAUUCGAAAAGGAACACUCAAGUGAAGGACCCCCCCCAGGUGGUUACUCCCCCGAGAUGCACCAUCGAUCAGCACAACUCGUUGCGUGAUACACAUCUGGUCGAAGGGCAAAUCGGAAGCGGUACUGCCGUGGGGCGCGCCUGUGAGAGGUUAGGCGAAUCGGCAGGCAAAGCGGCGGACGAACCAGCAGACGGGGCAGACCCAAACGGCGUGCACUGCAAACGAGGGGAAGACCUAAACCGCUUCGACGGAGGCGUAAACUACAGUGACGAGAAUGAAAAGAGAAUCGACACCUACUUGGAAUGCAUUUUAAAUUGCGGCGCGGACGAGGACAUCUGCAAGUAG